GGCCGGCGACGAGAGUGGCACGUUUGUUUUGAAAGGAGAUGCUGAUCAAAAUUUUGUGCGUAAUUGCUUUAUAAUGGCUUUAUUACUUCAAUUAGUACCUUUUUGAAGCAAUUAUUCCUUAACAACAUAAUAAAAUCAACCGAAACAAAGAGCGAAAUCCGCAAUGUUUUGUCUCACGCGCGCAGUUUAUGUCGAAGUUUCCCUGCGGUCGCUCCCGAGCGACCGCGGGAGCCGCAGGAAGAGCUACGCAUUACCCAGAAUGCUGCUCUCACCUGAUUGGCCGCCAGCUAAGCUCCGCCUUUUUGGCCGCGGGAGCCGCGGCGGCCGCAGACACUUGAACAGGGCCCAGUACUCCGUCAGCAGGGUAUAGAUUGCACUAUAGCUACUGAUAACUCCCGCUAGGUGGCAGCAGGUCGCAAAGUCAAUUUUUCAUUCAUUCUUUUCAAGGCCGUGGUGGCGCCAGGUGGUGCACGUUCGACUUUCCAACGACUUUUUCUACCAGCUUUCUACCCCGACAAGGUGCCGUUCAGCAACUGAGGAUGCAGUCGCCGUGUCCGUUCCUGCGCAUGUUCCCGGCCCGCUACCUGCAGUCGUACGGGGGCCGGCUGGCGGCCACCUACGGAGCCAACUGCCCAGUGCUAGCCCGUCAUGUGUCCAGCGCCGCUACCGCUCCCGAGCACGCGGCGGGCGCCAUCUCAAAGUGUCCGUUCCUGAAGGACCAGACGGCGGCGGCGGCUCUGAAGGAGACCACUGUGGACGCCUACAGUGACACCAUCUCCGUCUCUGAGCCCCGCAAAUGCCCGGUGGAGAAGCGCACCGACGCGACCGACCAGGAGAGCCUAGCGUUCGACUAUGAGGGCUUCUUCCGCGACCAGAUCCGCAAGAAGAAGGAGGACCACUCGUACCGCAUCUUCAAGAAGGUGCUGCGUAGCGCCGACCAGUUUCCGGCGGCCGCCGAGUUUUCCCGUGGCCGGCGCGAUGUGACUGUGUGGUGCAGCAACGACUACCUGGGCAUGUCGCGACACCCGGCCGUCAUCGGAGCUGUGAGCCAGUCUCUGAAGGAGCACGGCGCCGGCGCCGGCGGCACCCGUAACAUCUCCGGCAACACGCUCUUCCACGAGGAGCUGGAGGCAGAGCUGGCCGACCUCUACCAGAAGACGGGCGCGCUCCUCUUCACUUCGUGCUACGUGGCCAACGAUACCACCCUCUUCACGCUGGCUCGGUCACUGCCUGGAUGUCAGAUUCUCUCGGACGCCGGCAACCACGCGUCCAUGAUCCAGGGCAUCCGUAACUCGGGCGCCGACAAGUUCAUCUUCCGCCACAACAGCCCCGAGCAUCUGGAGGAGCUGCUCUCCAAACUGGACCCGGCCCGGCCCAAGAUCGUGGCCUUCGAGACGGUGCACUCCAUGACUGGGGCCGUCUGUCCCCUGGAGACGCUUUGUGAUGUGGCGCACAAGUACGGCGCCCUGACCUUUGUGGACGAGGUGCACGCGGUGGGCCUGUACGGUCAGAACGGAGCCGGAAUCGGCGAGAGGGACCAAGUCCUCGACAAGAUGGAUAUAAUCUCCGGAACCCUAGGAAAAGCUUACGGCAAUAUCGGCGGUUUCAUCGCGGCCUCAGCCUCUCUGGUGGACGUGAUCCGCAGCUACGGCAGCGGCUUCAUCUUUACCACCUCUCUGCCGCCGACCGUGUGCGCCGGAGCGCUGGCGGCCGUCCGACUCCUGAGGAGCGACGAGGGGCGCCGGCUGAGGGCCACGCACCAGGAUAACGUGAAGCUGCUGCGCGACCUGCUGAACGACGCCGGAGUGCCGGUAGAACACUGUCCGAGCCACAUCAUCCCGGUACACGUCGGUAACCCGCUGGUCUCCAACCGGCUGUCGGACCGACUGCUGGCCGAGAGAGGACACUAUGUACAGGCCAUCAACUACCCGACGGUGCCACGCGGCCAGGAGAAGCUGCGUAUCGCGCCCACCCCGCACCACACUCCAGAGAUGAUCUCCGCCUUCGCCGCCGACCUGGUGGCCAUCUGGCGCGAGGAGGGUCUGCCGCUGCGUCCGCCGAGCGCCGCCUGCGAGCACGAGUGUCUGUACUGCCACCGUCCGCUGGAGUUUGAACGCGCCGGGUGCCGGGUGCGCGCAGGGGACGGCUGCCCGGAGCCGCGCUGUCCCCAGCUGGCGGCAGCCCAGUAGAGGUGCAGCAGAGACCGGGGGCCGCCAGUGCGGCCGGCGGCGGCGGCGGCGGGCGACCAGCUGAUAGUGAGGUUGUACGGAACAGGGAACAAAAUCGGGUACCUGUGAAUGUAACUCGUUUCGGUGAUGAUAUCUGAUUUUAUGCGAUGUUUCGCUGUACUUUUAUUAAUAAUUAAUAACGAGUCAUUAAUUGCACUGCGCUUUUUAUGAUGGAUUAUGAAUUUCUUGAAUUAUUGAUUAUGAAUUUUAUUAUGAAAUGCCAAAGCUUCAAGUAUUUAUUCUUGUUCGUUUUCGGUGUCGUUUUCCUGACUGUAUGUGUUAGAUGUAGCGCCCAUCGGUCGAUCAAAAACUGCGGUCUGCCCCGCGCUGUACCCCGUCGGCCUGUCGCGGGCGGCGCCCGAACCGACCCCUGCCCGGAACACGACCAUGACCACUGGACUGGAUGUGAAAACCGACAGAUCUAUCUAGUGACGGGAACUCUGUGUUUGAUGUGACCUCUAAACCCGCCCUAAGGGGCGCCCGAAGAAACAAACAGCUGUGGCAGAGCUGUAGCAGUCAGAAGCGGGGUUGAAGGUUGUGGCAGCUGCGUCAACUUUUCCCUGGGUGAUACAAAUUGUGGUGACAACUAGGUAUGCUUGUGAUCGAAAUAUACCUAUAUGACGCACUACGCACGGUAAAA